AUGGAUUCAACACGUUUAGUAGUCGUUUUGUCAACUCUUCUAACGACUUUUUCACUUCUUGCUAUUAUUGUCAUCUUACCAAUAGUUUUUUCAUACAUCCAACGUUCGAAUACAGCAAUGCUUUCACAGCUUUACAAGUGUAAUAUUAAUAAUAACAAUAUUUGGAAGAAUGUCUUACAACUUCAACUAAUUACUCAAUCAAGAACACGUCGAGCGAGUUCUACUUCAGCAAGUCAACCUUCUGCAACAUGUUGUAGUUGCCAACAGGGUAAACCUGGACCUCCUGGUAGAUCAGGUAAACCUGGUAAAGAUGGAAUCGACGGAGCACCUGGUGUGCCAGGAAGAGACGGUAAGCCUGGAAAAUAUGUAUCUCCACCAAAACCAAAUGAAAACACUUGUCAAAAAUGUCCAACAGCUCCACCAGGGCCUCCAGGACUACCUGGACUCAAAGGACCAAGAGGGCCUCCAGGAGUACCAGGAGCGCCAGGGGAAAAUGGUCCUCCAGGUCGAAAAGGACCACCAGGUCCCACUGGAGUUCGAGGUGCUCCUGGACCAUAUGGACCAAAAGGGCCACCAGGUGAUCCUGGACGCAUACUAAAUGGUGCACCAGCUGGACCUCCUGGACCUCCAGGACCGACUGGACCGAGAGGCCGCACUGGAAGUCCUGGAAGAGAUGGAAAUCCAGGAACGGAAGGCGCAGCAGGAAUGAUUGGAGAACAAGGUGAACGAGGGAUCAAUGGUUCACCGGGACUACCAGGACCACCAGGACCUCCUGGAUCACCUGGAAUUAAAGGUAUUUGUGAUCAUUGUCCUCCUUUGUCAAACAAAUUACCACCAAAAGAAACUCAUGAAUCUGUCAGUACAAUCAGUGAAACCGUUCCGGACUCCACAACACUAGAGGAACCAGAACAUUAUGGACCAGAACAUAUGGAUCUCGAUGUGCCCCGAUAUUACAAUAAUGAACCUGUGAAGGGAUCUAAUAAUCCUCCAUUGGGAUAUCAUAUUAACGGAGAUUCGAAAUCAAAAAAUGCAGAUGUUGAAAAUAUUGGAAAGGAAAAAGCACUAAAUCAAGAUCCAUACAACACACAACGACUGCAAAGUGUGCAUCAAGUUGCAUCUUACGAUUCCAAACGUUAUCCAAUGGACAAACAAGCGGCACCACCAGCAAACAGAAGAAGGACUGGUUACAGCUUAUACUAG